GCGGCCGUGCGUAGAGUGGUGGCGGGCGGCCGCGUGCGGGCGGGCGGAAGCAGCGGCUGCCGCGCGUAGGAGCUUCCGGCGGAGCGGGCGGCGGAUCGGCAGCUAUCGACGGCGGCGGCGGCGGGAGGGAACACGGAAAGCUGCAGCCAUGACGGUGGGAAAGAGCAGCAAGAUGCUGCAGCACAUCGACUACCGCAUGCGGUGCAUCCUGCAGGACGGUCGCGUCUUCAUCGGCACCUUCAAAGCCUUCGACAAGCACAUGAACCUCAUCCUCUGCGACUGCGACGAGUUCCGCAAGAUCAAACCAAAAAAUUCAAAACAGCCAGAGAGAGAAGAGAAACGAGUCCUUGGUCUUGUGCUGCUGCGAGGGGAAAACCUGGUGUCCAUGACAGUUGAAGGACCACCUCCAAAAGAUACUGGAAUUGCCCGGGUACCACUUGCUGGAGCUGCUGGAGGACCUGGAGUUGGGAGAGCAGCAGGGAGGGGAGUACCAGCAGGAGCACCCAUGCCACAAGCCCCAGCAGGAUUAGCUGGCCCUGUCAGAGGAGUGGGAGGACCAUCCCAGCAGGUGAUGACACCUCAGGGUCGUGGCACAGUUGCAGCUGCUGCUGCAGCAGCCACUGCUAGCAUAGCAGGAGCCCCAACUCAAUAUACACCAGGGCGUGGGGGUCCUCCCCCACCCAUGAGCAGAGGAGCACCUCCUCCAGGAAUGAUGGGGCCUCCUCCAGGCAUGAGACCACCCAUGGGCCCACCAAUGGGAAUGCCACCUGGCCGAGGUGCUCCUAUGGGAAUGCCCCCACCAGGCAUGAGACCACCCCCUCCAGGCAUGAGAGGACCUCCUCCACCUGGCAUGCGUCCACCACGGCCAUGAGAUACCCUGUAAUGUACUUAGGAACUGUGAGAAGGCUGAUCAAGGGAAUACAGUGAGCAGUACCCACCCCUCAGAACUUUGUUAUGUAUAUUUUAUAUUUACUGCUUGUAAAGUUUGCCCUUUCUAAUAAAGCUGGGAAAACCCAUU